UGAGAGGAGACAGCGCGUGGGCGAGUCCCUCCGGCGCCUUGAGUUGGAACAUUUUUAGAAAUCUCCCUCCUGAACGAAAGAUGAAGUUGUGGUACUUCCCAGGGUUCCUCAUAAUCAGUUUCCUGUACUUCUGGAUCCCAUCGUCCAUGUGCUGCAACAAAGCUCUCUGUGCUAGCGAUGUCAGCAAAUGCCUAAUACAGGAGCUGUGUCAGUGCCGACCUGGUGAAGGAAACUGUUCUUGCUGUAAGGAGUGCAUGCUUUGUCUAGGCACACUUUGGGAUGAAUGCUGUGACUGUGUUGGUAUGUGUAACCCUCGGAAUUAUAGUGACACACCUCCCACUUCGAAAAGUACCGUGGAAGAGCUGCAUGAACCAAUCCCUUCCCUUUUCCGAGCACUUACAGAAGGCGAUACUAACCUGAACUGGAAAAUUGUGUCCUUUCCCGUUGCAGAGGAACUAUCACAUCAUGAGAAUUUAGUCUCAAUUUUAGAAACUGUGAACCAUCCCCAGCAUCAGAAUGCUUCCGUUUCAAACAACGUUCAUCCUCCAUAUUCUAGUGAAAAAGAACGCAUAUGUACUGUGGUUUACUUUGAUGACUGCCUGUCGAUACACCAGUGCAAGAUCUCUUGUGAUUCUAUGGGUGCUUCCAAAUACCGAUGGUUUCACAACGCCUGCUGUGAAUGUAUUGGACCUGAAUGUGUCGACUAUGGGAGUAAAAUUGUAAGAUGCUCAAAUUGUAUGUUCUGAAACUAAACCAUUCAAUUUUAAUAAGGCAGACACCAAAGAAUGUGUGUGUGGGGGGAGAAGAGAGAGGUAUACUUCGCAUAUAUUACUUUGGAUGGUAUAGCUGCAGCACAGUUGAAAGGACCUAGACGUGUAUAAUAUUUUAAAUAUGUAAUUUUACACUUUAAGUUGUUGGAACAAUUAAUUAGUACAUGUUUAGAUUUGGUUUUGAUUGGGCAAUGUAUGAAGUUUCAUAAUCUGAAUUUUAUUUCAGGCUAUUGAUUAAUUUGCAUGUAUGACCUUAAGUAGAUUGAUCAUGAAGUUUUUCCAGAAUCAUAAUUUGGAGUUCUGAAUUAAGUUACAUUUUUGAGCUUUUCACAUGUGCCAGUUGUGAACUGUAAAUUGCUUUUAUAGACCAUGCAGACUACCUGUCACUUCAGCAAUAGCUAUUUAUUUUUAAAAAAGAAAAUGAAUUUAGAUUGCUUUUUUGUUUUAAGAAUUUACCUUCCUUAUGAAUAGCCCUUUAUA